AUGCGAUCCAACAGCAUCUCCUCCAUCUCCUCCAUCUCCUCCAUCUCCUCCAUCGCUUCCCGCGCAUCCUCCGCGGAGCCCGAGUCUACGAUGCAGAUCUUCGUCAAGAAUGUGGCCGGAGACACCUUUCCCAUCACCAUCCCCGAGUCGACUUCGGUCGGCAAUCUGCGCUCCCUCCUCGCUCUGCGAACCAACAUGUCUGAAUCCGAGCUCCGCCUCGUGUUUGCCGGAAAGCACCUUCCAUCGUCCGCCGAGCCUCUCUCGGCAUACAACGUCACCCGUGAGAGCACCAUCCACAUGGCUCUACCGAUCCGUGGCGGUGCACCCAAGCGCAUCCGCUGCAACUUCAAGGAGUGCAAAGAUCAAGCGCAACGCAUCGUGGGCGACUGUGGCUUCUGCCAGGGUCACUUCUGUGGAAAGCACCGCAUGUUGGAGUCACAUGCAUGCACGGGGCUGGAGGACUGCAAGCAGGAGGAAAAGGACCGCAACAGGCAGAAGUUGGAGAGUGAGCGGACCGUCGCCAUCAAGGGAAUCUAG